AUGAAUCCAAAUACUAAAGACAUAGCAGUGCAAAUACAAAAAGAGAGAAAAAAGAAUGAAUAUAAAAUUGCAAAAGAGCUGAAGAAUAUUAUAUAUACGAUUAAAAAAAAAGCUAGUAAUUUCAAAAUAUAUGUUAAAUCGGAUAGAAGAAAUUGUUUAUAUUAUGAUGAUGACAAACUGUCAGGUAAAAAUAAAAAGAAUAUUUAUAUAGCUGCACUGUUCUCUCCUAUUUUGUCCUUUUUAUGUAAGAAAAUGGAAUGGGUUAUCAGUAUCCUAUUCAAAUUUGUUUGUUUUUUCUAUAUUUCGAAAAACAAAAGGUCUAAAGGGGAACAAAAACGUGUGUCGAAAGAAUUAGGAAAAAAUAAAGCUAUUUUAAAAAAAAACAAUUUUGAUCGUUGUAUCUUUUUGAAUAAACCUACAGACAAUUUAUCAAAUAAACAUAUAAUUGAAAUUUGCAAAAAUUAUUUAGCGAAUACUGUACAUUGUAUUCAUAAUAUAGAAGAUUAUAAUACUACAACGAAUUAUAAGGAGUGCAAUGAAAUAAAAAAAACAAAAGAAACAUUUGUUAAAAAAAUAAACAAUUUGAAAGCAUUUAACCCUACAAAUAAUCUAUACAUAAGUGAUGAAUCUUUGAUAAAAAAGAUUAUGAUUACUGAAAAAGAUGAAGAGCCUUAUUUACAUAACAAAAAAGAGAAAAUUGCAGAGAAAAAUAAUAUACAUCAAAUAAAUAUAUAUGACCAACAGUUUGUCAAAGCGUAUUAUACAAAAAAUUACUCAAGUUUUAAAAACAAUAAUAACAUUAGCACUCAUAGUACUAUUCGUAGUGGUCCUAUUAACAAUAAUAAUGAUCACAUUUGCGCUCAGUAUAAAAGUAGACACCAUUUCAUAUUUCAAGUCCUUCUCAACAGAUUUAAAAACUUAUACUUUCUCAUUCUAUCCAUAUCCUUCCUAUUACAACAAAUACACAUUUUUAGAUCGAACAAUUAUUUAUUUGUCGCCGCAAGUUUCUAUACCUUGUUUAUUUUGUCCGCUUUCAAGGAAAUUCAUAAUAUAGCUAAAAAACUGAUAAGUCAAAAAGGCUUAAAUGGAAAGAAGUACAAAAGGGUAGGAGACAUUUUGUACCUAGAAGAAGGAGAAGAAACACCUGCAGAUAUGAUUUUGCUAAAAAGUGGUAAGGACGAAAAGAAGGUGUUUGUGUCUUCCAGAAGCUUAGAUGGAAAUACAGAUUUAAAAAUAAAAAAAUGUUUAAAGUUAACAAGCCAUUUACCGAAUAUAUAUGAUAUCUUUAGACUCAAAAUAAAAGUAAUGAUUGAAAGACCUCAUAAAUAUUUUAACAAAAUGAAUGGCUUAUUGAUUUUUCUAAACUACAGCGAAUUUGUUCAUAACAUAUAUAACGACUUAAUAUCAUUGCAAAAGACGUUUUACAAAAAUAUGAGUAGCGAAAAUGAUUAUUACAAUGAAAUUUUUAAUUAUUUGAUUGAAGAUACAUAUAUUGAAAGAGCAUAUGCUUGUUUGGACUUUUUGAUAAGGAACUCACUCAAAUUUUUUGAAAGAAAGGAGCAGUUGAACAAUUGCAGUAUAUCUCGAUGCGAUACCUUAUGUUCUGAUAUCAUGAAAAAUUCGUCUGAAGAGGAAGAGGAAGAGAAACAUGGUAAAUAUCACUCAAGCUGUAUGAGGAAUAGUACUAGUAACAUGUGUUGUGAAGAAGGGGCAGAAAUAAAUUGUCGAAGGAACAAUGUUAAUGAAACUUGUGAUGAUAAGGUUAAACCUAAAUUAAAUAAUAGCAGUUUUGAUAAUAAUUUUUAUGUGGACUGUAUUAAGAGGCUUUAUUCCUACAGCAUAUGUAAUAAGAGGAAAGAAGAUCAUUCAAUAAAAUAUGAAGAAAAAAUAGGAAUAGAAAAUAUGUUAUGGUGUAGCAGUACAAUUAUAAGGGGAAAUAUAUAUGGCUUAGUUACCUACACAGGAUGUGAUAAAAAAACAAGUAUCACAAUUAGUAAUAAAAAUACUAUUCCAUUAAUUGAAAAUAAUGUGAAAUGUAAAUUUAACAUGUUUUUAAUAAUUAUAUUUUCUCUUAGUAUGAUCUUAUGUUUAUUGGAAGAGCACAUAUUUGAAAAGAAUACCUUUGUUAUAUUUCUUAACUAUUUCUUCUUAUUAUUUUCAUAUAUUCCUUAUGUUAAUAAUGUUUAUACAUUUAUAAUGAGCAGACGUUUGUAUAAUAAUAUAUUAACCACAAAUUACAAAAUGGAAAAGGCAGAAAUUUUGAACUACGACAUCAUUGAUGAAUUUUGUAACACCUCUUUUCUCUUAUGUGCCAAAACAGGGACCUUAACUAAAGACAAUUUAAAGCUAAAGAGACUUCAUUUUUUAUUCGACGAAUUUGUAUUAGAUGGAAGUAGUAAUUAUGAUAUAUUGUUUUUUAAGGCUUUUUUAGAGUUAGUAGAUUUCAGCCUAUUUAUGACCCCAUCUAUUAGUGAUAGCACCAAGAACGAGCUAAUUUUGAGAAAUGCGAACAAAAAAUUUUACAUUGAGAAUAUGAAGAAAAAUUGCAAUAGCAAUAGCAUUAGCAAAGGAAAAAAUAACAAUAAUACUAAAUGGCAAAAGAAACAUGAGCAAAACAAAAGAGUGCUUCAAAAAAUAUUAAGUUACACUAGAGAAGAAAUAAAUAAAAUUUUUUUAACAUUCUUAUGCAUACUCUUUUGUAACAGUACAACAAUAACAAAUAGGAAAAAGAAGAAAGUGUCUUGUAAGCCUCAGAACAGGCGUAGCUCCUUUUUUUACUCUAAAAUAAUUGAAGAAAAUUUGCUAAUAAAUUUUUUGAAAUAUAACGGUAUGCAUGUUCUACAUACAGAUGCAUCUAACGUGGUUAUAGGGAUUUACAAUUCUAUGGAUAAGCAAAAUAAAAUUAAAAACACAAAAAAAAAAAAGGUAUAUGCUGAUUUUAAUAAGUAUGACUAUAAGACAAUAAAAAAAUUGCAUAAUAAUAAAAAUAGUCAGAGGGGAAGGAAAAAAUACAUGUAUUUCAAAAACUCGUUGCAAAAGGAGAACAUUUUCAAGUUUUCAAACGUAGCAGACAAAGUUGGCAUGGGGGUAUUUAAGUGUAGGGAUUUCGGGGUAAGGGAAUAUAUGGAUCUUGACUCUGGCAAUGAUUCAUGUACUUCGAGGAAAGAAAGAAGUACAAGUAGUAGCAGCGGUAGAAGUAGUAAGACUGAAAGAUACCCCAGAAAUAAUGAUCAGUAUUGUACACAUUACAAAGGGGACGAAGGAAGCAGAAAUAAUAAUAUAAAAAUGUAUAAUUUUGAAAUAUUAGAUCACGUACAAUUCGAUUAUCACAACCAAAUGGUGUGCUCCCUUAUAUCUUAUAACGGUAAAAUUUUUAAUUUGAUAAAAAGUCCUUAUGAAAAAAUUAUUGUUUCUUUGACAAAGAUAGAAGAUAAAAAAAAAUUAGCAAAAAUAUGCAAACCUUAUUUUAUGCAUGGGCAUCGUAUAUUAGUCUUUGCUUAUAAAGAAAUUACACAAGACGAAUAUGAUAUAUAUGUAAAAAAGAAUAGUAACCAAAUUAGUAAAAAAGAAUAUUUUAAAAAUAUAUUUAACAAGAAUAUGAAAAUAUUAUCCAUUAUAACUUUUAAGGAAGAGAUUCAAGAAAAUGCAAAAAAAUGUAUAGAUAUAUUUAAAAAGGCAAAUAUUAAAACGUGGGUUUUGUCUGGUGAUAGUAAGGAAAAUAUUAUAUCCGUCACGACUACACUGAACUUAGUUAAUGCAAAUAAUUUUUUUUGCUAUUUAAAUAAAAAAAAGUUAAUAUAUAUGUUAAGUGAUAAUGAAGAAUUGUAUAGAACACUUUCUAAUAAUCGCGUAUGCAGCAAUAUAAGUUGCUAUGACUCACAAUUAAGCUCUUCACUUGAUAGAGGACUAAUAAUAAGAAGAAAAACGUCUGAUAUGGGAAGAAUAAAUGUGGGAUCUAACUAUUGUAAUAGUACUUAUAGGAUGAUAAAGCCAGAUAAAAAAACGAAAAAAAUUGCAUUGGUUCAAUCUAAUUCAUAUCUAAAAACGGUUACUUCCCCCUCCGUAUACGCUACCAAUAAGUGCAGUACCAAUUCCGCAUGUAUGAUAUCUUGCAUUACAAUUAAUGGAACUAACUUCUUUUUAAAUAAUAUUGGUCAUGGUAGCACCAUUAGCCGUAACAGCAGUGGCAGCAGCAGUACUGCAGAGAAAAUGAAAACGCCCUUUAUAACUGAAAACAUGGAAUGUACAAAGGAGGAAAUAAGAAGCAUUUUUGAAAAAGGUGCUACGGUUGACAAUAUGACGAAACGGAAAAUAUUUAACAGUAGCUCAAAAAAAUGCAUUCACGAGGAGCAGGUGGAAAAAUUGCGCGAUGUAUUAAAGAUGAUGCUAUGCAAAUUUAAUCAUGCAUUCACACGGGGAGGAAUAAAAUGGGCCGAAAAAGGGGAUGAAAAAAUGGCCGUAAAAUGGGCCACAAAACAAGCAGCAAAAACGGCUGAGAAAAGGGGGAAAAAACGUAGUCUACAAACGGAGCCGAAUGAGAGAUAUGCUGCUGACACAGAGAACGUCGUGUAUAUAGUUAAGGGCGAUAUAUUGGAUUAUUAUUUAAAAUAUGAAGAAAAGGAAUUUAUAAAAGCCUUACAAAAUUCAAGGUGUGUUUUAUUUUACCGAUGCAAUGCUAUUCAAAAGGGUAUGGUUGCAAGGUGUUUAAAAAAUAAUACAACAUUUGGUAUAUGCUCAAUCGGUAACAAUGUGAAGGACUUUAAUAUGUUUAAUGAAUCUGAUAUAUCCAUAAUAAUUAAUAAUUCAAAUAAUAAUAUAUGUAAUUUAUAUGCUCAUAUAAAGAUAUCAUGUUUCGAAGACUUAGCAACGAUAUUUUUUUUGUAUGGUAAUAAAAUUUAUAUAAAUUUUAAUUCCUUUCUUAAGACUAUUUAUUAUAGAGGAUCAUCCUUAAUGUUUUUACAGUUUUAUUUCUCUUACUUUUUUAAAUCUCGAUUAUCCAUUUUUUCGAAUAUUUUGUUAUUAUGGUAUUUUCUUUUAUUUUCUACUAUUUCGGUUAUAACAAUUGAACUAUUACAAAAUAAUGAUAUAAAUUACCCUACUCACAGCAGUCAUAUAAAUGUGUUAAGAAAGAAUGCAAUGAUUUAUAAACAUUUAAAGCAAUAUUUUUUUUCUUUAAAAGGAUUUUUUAAAGUACUAUGUGUAUCUUUAUAUCAAGCCUCCUUACUAUUUCUUUUAAGUUACUAUUUCAUUUUAGACUUAAAUUAUGAAAUAUAUGCAUUAACAACAUUAUUUCUUACGCAUUUGUUACAGUCUUUGUUUUUAUUAAACAAUAGUGGCUCUAAUUUUAUUAUACUUGUAGUAUUAUAUGUGCUAUUUGUGGUUUGUUAUUUUAUAAUUUUAGUUAUCUUAAAUGAAUUUCAUUUUAUCUACUUCUACAUAAAUUCUACUUUCUUUAUAAAUGUUAUAAUUACUACCAUUAUUCUUAACCUCCCAUCUAUUGCUUUUUAUUUGUAUAAAAAAUGUACGAGCGAAGCAUCCCUACUAAAGCAUAUAAAUUCUUUUCAAAGUUUAUCAUCUAAAAACCAUCAUAUUUUUAACAUUGAUUCUUGUAAUUUCUCCCUUGAAAAUUUUCAAUACAAUAUGAAGAAUGAAAAUAUUUUUUCAAGAUGUUUUCGUGUUUUUUCAAAAAAAUGA